UGUACAUAUAUAUGUCACCGCACUUCCUCAAUUUUUCUUCACUGUGAUACCAAAUUAAUUGAUUGUGUUUCCAAAAUGGCACUCUCUUCUCACCCCUUAUUCGCUUCCUUCAGUCCCCCAGUUGCUUCCAAUAAAACUUCAAUUACUGGAGAUUCUAACCAUAUCAAUUUUACGCCUAGUGCACAGAGAUGGAGCGUUGGCAAACGCAACCGGUUCCUUUCUAGUACUUCCCUAGAAACUUUUCAUGACCAUCAAACUAAAUCCUCAAGCAUAUAUGACACCAGUUCGAGACAUGGAAAAAAGUUAGAGGUAUUUAGGCACGUACUCAGCAAAGUUGGAGAAGACCCACUUGAAGGUUUGAAAAUGAUCGAUGCUGUUCAACGAUUGGGCAUCGAUUACUAUUUUCAGGAAGAGAUUGGAGCAAUCCUACAAAAGCAGUUUAUGAUGUUUAAUCAUAAUAGAGAUUGUAAUUAUUGUCUUCAUGAGGUCGUGCUUCGCUUUCGAUUGUUGAGACAGGAAGGAUACUUUGCCUCUGCUGAUAUAUUUGAUUACCUUAAAGACGACGAAGGAAUAUUCCAGAAGAAACUAAUUAGUCAAGAUAUCAACGGAUUGAUGGGUUUGUAUGAAGCUUCACAACUAAGCAUAGAAGGAGAAGAUCUACUAGAUGAGGCUGGAAAUUUUAGUGGUCAGCUUCUAGCUGCAUCCAUUGCACGUCUCGAUCAUCAUCAAGCGAAAAUUGUCGAAAAUACAUUGCGGAAUCCCCACCAUAAAAGCUUGGCUAAGUUCAUGGCCAAGAACUACUUUGUUGGUAAUAACUCUCAAGGUUCAAUUAAAUGGAUGAAUGUUUUGCAAGAACUGGCCAAAACCGAAUUCAACAUGGUCCAAUCACUACACCAGAAGGAAAUUUUUCAAAUUUCAAAAUGGUGGAGAGAUGUAGGGUUGUCCAAGGAGAUGAAGUUUGCAAGAGAUCAACCCCUUAAGUGGUAUAUUUGGUCCAUGGCUUGUCUCACAGAUCCAAGCCUUUCACAGGAGAGGGUUGAGCUUACAAAACCCAUUUCAUUUAUUUAUAUAAUAGAUGACAUUUUCGAUGUCUACGGGACGCUUGAAGAACUCACUCUUUUCACUCAAGCUAUCAAUAAAUGGGACAUUGAUGCUACAGAGCAAUUACCAGACUCCAUGAAGAUAUGUUUCAAGACCUUAAAUGAUAUGACUAAUGAAAUUAGCCAAAAAAUCCAUCAAAAGCAUGGAUGGAACCCUUUACAUUCUCUUCGAAAGACGUGGUCCAGUCUUUGUACGGCAUUUCUGGAAGAAGCAAAAUGGUUUGCAAAUGGGAAGCUUCCAAAAACAGAAGAAUAUUUGAGAAAUGGAAUAGUAAGCUCAGGAGUGCAUGUUGUGCUGGUCCAUGCUUUCUUUCUGUUGGGUGAAGGUCUAUGCAAUCAAACCGUGGAACUUGUGGACGACAUGCCACGGAUUAUAUCCUCUACAGCAUCAAUUCUAAGGCUUUGGGAUGACUUGGGAAGUGCCAAGGAUGAGAAUCAAGAGGGGCAUGAUGGUUCAUAUAUAGAGUGCUACAUGAAGGAACACCAUGGGUGUCCAAAGGAAGAAGCAAGACAGCAAACUAUGAAUAUGAUUUCAGAAGCAUGGAAGUGCCUAAACAAAGAAUGCCUCUCUCCAAUGCCAUUUCCUCUAAGAUUUGCAAAGGCUUCUCUUAAUCUUGCAAGAUUGGUUCCCUUGAUGUAUAGCUAUGAUGACAACCAAUGCCUUCCUACUCUCGAGGAGCAUAUGAAAUCCAUGUUCUAUGAAUCCGUGGCUAUCUAAAUUUUCUGGCUAUUUCAAAGUGUUAGGUAUAAUCAAUAACUAUCUACAUACUUUGUCUCUUCGAUGUAUAUGUUUCUCUUAAUUUAAAAGAGAAUUAAUAAAAUAGAUAAUGCAGGGUGCUCAACAUGAUCA